GCCGGGUGGCUCAGGGGUCUGGAGGACAGUGGCCUGACGGACCAUCCGGCCCCUCGGUGCCCGAGCUGCGGCCCCCCGGGAGCGCGGACCUUCCGUCUGUCCCUGGGUUUCAGACCUCGGUGGGGAGGAGGGAUGUUGUACCCUCGCGCCUGCGCAUUUUCUCACCCCUCCCCGUCCCCUCCGCAAGGGGGCGCAGCCGUCAGCCAGCCCUGGGGGGCGGGGCGCACCUCCAGCCAAUCAGGGCAGACACCGCUGCCCUUCUCCCUCGACUCCUCCCUGUCUUAGCUGGCAUCCUUGGUGUCCUCACCCGAGCAAUGGCCUCCUCCUGCCAGGGAUUCCCCGGGAGUGUGCGUAGUGAGGCCCUGGAGGGGGCGCUUCCUCAGUUUACCCCCCUGGGAAAUGGGGCCAGGGGUCCCUGGGGCUCAGCAGCAGCCACCGAGGCACCCGCAGCAUCUCUGCCCCUGUCUGAGAUCCUGGGGGGUCCAUCUGGCCCUGCCCUCGUUUCCAGAAGCCGCACCUUUGCCUCUGCCGGGCCAUCCUCCAGGAGCUCAGCCCUCCCUUCUCCCCGCACCUCUUACGGCUCCCUUCUCCUCCCCAGGAGAGGCCCCUGCCUGGCCCAAGGGGCAGAAGAGCGGAGAGGAAGCCAUGGCCCCCCAGGAAUCAGUGACCUUCGAGGAUGUGGCAGUGGACUUCACCUGGGAGGAGUGGGGCUACCUGGACACCUCCCAGAAGGAGCUUUACUGGGAGGUGAUGCUGGAGAACUACAAGAACCUGGUCAGCCUGGGCUUUGUGGUUGCCAAGCCAGAUGCGAUCUCUCAGUUGGAGCAAGAGGAGGCACCUUGGAGACCUGAAGUUCUGUUUCCAAGAAGCAGCUGUUCAGAUUUGGACACUAAGCCUCAGAUCAAGGAAACUACUGUAGAGCUGGACAUUUCUAUGGAAGAAUCAUCCAAGAAAGGACUCUCAAGAGAUUCUUCUUGGAUUUUGACAUUCGGAGGUGCCUGGGAAUGUUAUGCCAAGUUAAAGGCGGAGCAGAACAAUGAGAAUCAACACUUUAGACAGCUCAAAACCACCAAAGGGAAAUCCCACAGUGAAAUGAGUGGCCCUGAAGACAAUAAAAGUGGCAGCAGAUCUAGUCUAGAGCUAUCUUUUUCUCCACAAAAGAGAUUAUUAGUGAUAAAGAGUCUUCUUCAUAAAUAUGAUAGAUGGAGAAAGGACCACAGAAGGCUUUCAGAUGUGGAACAAUAUAAAAGAAUCUGUUUAAAGAAGAUAUUUUUCAAUGAUGAUAAAUGUCAGAAAUCCUUUAGUAAUAAUUUUGACCUUAUUGAAGAACAUACAAUUCAUAAUAGAAAUAAACAUGAAUAUAAUGAAUAUGGGAUCUUCCUCCAGAACACUGAAUUUGCUCUGCACCAGAGAAUUCACAGAGGAGAAAAGAUUUAUGACUGCAAUGAAUGUGUAAAGUCAUUCCAGCAGAAUGCAUAUCUUAAGCAACAUCAAAAAAUUCAUAAUGGAGAGAAACCUCAUAAAUGCAGUGAAUAUGGGGAGACCUUCCUCCAGGCCACUGAACUCAUUCAACACCAGACAGGACACACUGGAGAAAAACCAUGUAAAUGUAAUGAAAGCGGGAAGGCCUUCCACCAGAAUUCAUACCUUAAAAAACAUCAGAGAAUUCAUACUGGAGAGAAACAUUAUCAGUGCCAUAAAUGUGAAAAAACCUUUCUCUGCCCCACUGAACUCACUCAACACCAGAGAACACAUACUGGAGAAAAACUUUAUGACUGCAAUGAAUGUGAGAAGACCUUCUGCUGUAAAUCAUACCUUACUGAUCAUCAGAGAAGCCAUGCUAGAGAGAAACCUUAUGUAUGUAAUGAAUGUGGGAAGGCCUUCCAUCAGAAUUCAUACCUUCGAAGACAUCAGAGAAUUCAUACUGGAGAAAAACAUGCAUGUAAUGAGUGUGGGAAGGCCUUCCUACGGACCACUGAACUUACCCAACACCAGAGAACACAUACAGGAGAAAAACCUUAUAAAUGCAAUGAAUGUGGGAAGACCUUCUAUCAGAAUUCGUACCUUCGAAGGCAUCAGAGAAUUCAUACUGGAGAGAAACCUUAUGCAUGUAAUGAAUGUGGGAAGGCCUUCCUCCGGUCCCCUGAACUUACCCAACAUCAGAGAACACAUACAGGAGAAAAACCUUUUGAAUGCAAUGAAUGUGGGAAGACCUUCCGCUGUAAAUCACACCUUACUGAUCAUCAGAGAAUCCAUACUAGAGAGAAACCUUAUGUAUGUAAUGAAUGCGGGAAGGCCUUUCUCAGGAGUACUAAUCUUAGUCAGCACCAGAGAACCCAUACUGGAGAAAAACCAUAUGAAUGUAGUGAAUGUGGAAAGGCCUUUGGUCAGAAGGCACAUCUUACUCAUCAUCAUAGAAUUCAUACUGGAGAGAAACCCUAUGAAUGCAAUAAAUGUGGGAAGGCUUUCCGCCAGAAUUCAUACCUUAGAAGACAUUUGAGAAUUCAUACUGGAGAGAAACCGUAUGUAUGUAAUGAGUGUGGGAAGGCCUUCCUCCGGGCCACUGAACUUAGUCAACACUAUAGAACACAUACUGGAGAAAAACCUUAUGAAUGUAGUGAAUGUGGGAAGACUUUUGGUCAGAAGGCAAAACUUAUUCAACAUCAGAGAAUUCAUACUGGAGAGAAACCUUAUGUAUGUAAUGAAUGUGGGAAAGCCUUCAUCCGGAGCACUAAUCUUAAUCAGCACCAGAAAACUCAUACUGGAGAAAAACCUUAUCAGUGCAAUGCAUGUGGGAAGGCUUUCUGUCAGAGGGCAGAUCUUACUCAGCAUAAUAGAACUCAUACUGGAGAGAAACCUUAUGUAUGUGGUGAAUGUGGGAAAGCCUUUUGUCAGAAGGCAGCUCUUACUCAACAUAAUAGAAUUCAUACUGGAGAGAAACCUUAUGUGUGCAGUGACUGUGGGAAAGCCUUUCACUGGAGCACAGUGCUUGUGCAACAUCGGAGAACCCAUACUGGAGAGAAACCUUUUGAAUGCAAUGAAUGUGGGAAGUCUUUCAGUCAAAGGGCAAAACUUAUUAGACAUCAGCGAUUUCACACUGGAGAGAAACCAUAUAAAUGUUUAGAAUGUGGAAAGGCCUUCUGUCAGAAAGCAGAUCUUACUUUACAUAAUAGGAUUCAUACUGGUGAGAAACCUUACAAAUGUAAUGAAUGUGGGAAGACCUUUCGCUAUAACUCACACCUUACUCAACAUCAGAAUAUUCAUACAGGAAAGAAACCUUAUGAAUGCAAUGAAUGUGGAAAGGCCUUCUUCUGGAGAACAGCCCUUAAUCAGCACCGACAGAUUCAUGCGGGGGAGAAAACUGGUUCAUGUAAUGAGGGAUGAUGAAUUCCUUUUCCAGGAGCACAUAGCAUAUUUGACAUUAGAGAAUUUGCAUAGGCCAGAAUAUGAAAAGCCUCAGCAAGAGACUCAGAAUUACUGAACAUCAGAAAGUUCAUGCUAGAGAGAACCUAUUUGAAUAUGAUAAUUGAGUUAAGGCUUUUUUUUCCAGAAAUAAGUCUUGCUAAAUAUCAUAUUUAAUGCCAGAGAGAAACUAUAUGAAUGCAUAGCCAUUGGGAAUCCCAUCUGUGAAUAGGGGUGAAGCAUAAAGCGGUGCUCAGGAGAGUGUUGGCGCAGUGCAGCCAUGCCCUUUCUGUUAUGACCAAAGCAUUUCUUUGGCUUGACUAUACUUAUUUGUUACAUAGGAGAGCUCUGUAGACCAGUGGGAAGUGAUAGCAAUAUUUUUUAAAGCUUCAGUGUAAUGUAGAAGGCAAAUCCUUCAUCCAGAUCACACAACUUAAUAAAUGUUAUGCAUACAUUCUGGCAGAGAUAAAGAGAGGUAGACCAGCAUCCAGUAUAAUUAGGUUUAAAACUAGUUGAAUGGCUAUGCCCAAAGAAUAUGCAGUACUGGUUUAGUGGCAGUUUGCUAGGUGGCCUCUGCAUAAGUGCCUUAGGGAAUCAGUUCUUGGACCUCUGCUGUUUUACCAUUUUUUAUAAAUGACUCAUAAAGGCAUGGAUAAUAUGCUUGUCAAAUUUGUAGGUGGCACAGGGCUGCACAUGUUGGCUGACGUUUAAGAUAUGAAAGAACCUUGGUGGACUAGAACAUUGAAGUAAACAUAAAAUUAAAAGGAUGAUAGUGAUGCUGUUAUAGUUGGGUUCUACUAGUUAAGUCCCAAGUACAACAUGGGGAAGAAUAGGUAGAAAAUAGUUUCUAAAAAACCUGGUUUCAAAAUGGCAAGGUUAAUAGCAGAUCUAGUGUUGGAGGAACUGUAGAAUCCAGGUAUUGGUAGAGCUGUGAAUUGGCCCAACCAUUUGGGAAAGUAAUGUGAAAUUUGCAAAACAAAAUAAAACAAAACAAUGUCACUGACCUGUUUAUAUGUCUGACCUGUUGCAAUCCCACUUCUGUUGACAAAGACAUUAAGAAAGGUCCCUAAUCUAAACCAAAAUGCUCAUUUUUGUGAUAGCUAAUAUGUCAAGCCCAGCAGGUGCCCAUUACCUGGGGAAUGGUUGAACAAAUUUGGGGCUAUUCAUGUGAUUGUAGACUAUUGUACCAGAAGAAAUUACUCAUAUGGGGAAUUUAGAAAAGCAGAGAAGGAUGUAUAUUAAGUGACAUAAAUUGAAGAAAGCAGAUCUAGGAGAACAGUCUGCACAUCAACUGAAAUAAUGUGAAUGAAAGCAAUGCUAAAAAGCAGGCAAAGUUAUUAGCUGCAAUCAACAAUUAAGCAGUUAUUCAGUUACCAUAUUGCAGGCAUUGGGCUAAGGUGUUUUGGUUUCUCUAAUGUCUUUAUGGGGUGAUGUUUCAUCCUGCGUCCAUUUGGAGCUUAGUUUGGCAUAAAGGUCAGCUGUUGGUCUAAAGCUAACUUCUUCCAGACAGCCAUCCAGGGUACUGAGUCCUUAUCCCAAUAGUUGGAGUCUUUGUGUGUAUCAACUACUAGGCUACUAGAUCUGUUUUCCUCAGUGUGUUACCAAAUUUGUUCCCCGAUUGAUUUAUUUUUGGCCGGUACAAAACUGUUUUGAGAAUUUCUGUUCUAUAGUUUGGUUUUAGAUCUGUGCCCUCUAUAUUUCUACUUCUUUUCAUUAUUUCCCAUGAGAUACUUGACAUUUUUUUUUUGCCUCCACAUGAAUUUUUUUGUUAUUAUUUUUUAAAGAACCUUUGGUAUUUUGAUUGUAAUGACAUUAAAUGAGUAAACUGAUUUAGGUAAUGCCAUUUUUACUAUAUUGAUAUUUUACUCAUGAGCAAUUAAUAUUUUUCUAAUUAUUUAGGUCUGUCUUUAUUUCUGUAAAUGGUUAUUCCUAGUUAUGUUUCCAUAUUUGUGGUGUGCGUUUUUGUAGAUAGACUCCCAAGUAGGUUUUACAUUCUAUUGUUAAUUGAAAUGGAAUUUCUCUGUCCUGCUGAGUUUUACUAGUAUUACAUAGAAAUGCUGAUGAGUUGUGUGGAUAUGUCUUAUAUCUUGUAAAUUUGUUGAAGUUCUGUUUAACUUAAUUUUUAUUUGAUUCUUUAGGGUUCUUUCAGUAUACCAUCAUAUGACCUUACAGUGUGAUAAUUCCCUUUUUUACCUAUAUUUGUCUUAUUGCAUUUCUAGUACUAUGUCAGAUAGAAGUGGAGACAGUGGACAUUCUUGUUUUAUUCCUGAUUUUAUUGGAAAGAAUUCUAGUUUAUAUUCUUUACCUAUAGUAUUAGUUCUUGGAUUUAGAUCUAUACUGUUUACCAUUUUAUGAAAAGAUACUUUUAUUUCUCAAUUUUGUUAUAUUUCUGAGAGAUGGUUAUUGUAUUUUGUCAAAAGCUUUUUUCUGCAUCUGUUGAUAAAAAU